AUGCUACCUCAGUUUGGAUACAUUGUUGCCCAAGCAGGCGCAGACUACUAUUCAUUGCCAAGAUCCCCACCGCCUCCAUCCUCGGCAACAGUAUCACAAACAUCUUCAGGAUCUGCUGUGACACAACAGCCGCAACAGCCAUCACAAUCACAUCAACAGCAGCAGCAACAACCACCAAAACAGCAGGGCAAUGGUAGCAUUCCAGCAUUAGCUCCUUUGUUAAACAACAAGCCAUUUGGUUUUAGCAGUGGAAGCAGCGGCACCUUACCGUCAUCCACCUCCACACCAUCAUCAAGUGAUAACUAUUAUAGUUCGAAUCCUUCAAAUGGUAAUUAUAACACGCCUCCUUACUAUUCGCGACAACCCUCUCCAUCGCCUAGCUCAAGCAAUAUUCCCCUUCUACCUCCUCCAUCGUUUCUAUACUCUAAUGCUGCCUCUGCUACUGUUCAUAUGGCAAGCAAAGACAUUAUACCUAAAGCAGGAUUCCAGCAGCCCAAUGCUUUACCCACUCUGGAGAAGAAGAAAGAGACAUCAUGGUAUUCGCCUCUGCCACCAGCACCACUACCAUCUGCUACUGCUGCUACUGCGAAUGUUGUUCCUCAUUCAGGCAAUAUUCCAGCCUCUACGCAUCAUUAUCACCACCAUCAUCCACAUCAGGCACCUCAGUCGUUACCACCACCCCCUCCUCCUCCUCCUUCUUCUUCUUCUUCUUCUUCUCUGACCACUCAUCAGCAACUACAACAUCAUCAUGGCAGCCAUUCGCUAUAUCACAUCAAGCCUAAUUCGCCGCCUCAACGUGCUGCUUCUCCUUUUUAUGAACGUCCGGCUGUAGAUGACGAUCGCAAUGUGCAACCCGUCAGCCAUUCCAUCACAACAUGGCAAGAUAAAGCCAAUGCCAGCAAAGUAGGCGCUAGAAAGGAAUACAAUGAUCUGAUGACUUGGAUGGACAAUGAAUUUUGGGAGCAAGCAGACGAAAUCUACCAAGACAAGAUAUCGCAAUUAAAGCAAGAGUUAAUACAAAUCCAAAAAGGCACUCAUUCGGCAUUCAGGGAAAUCAUUUCUGACUAUGAAACAAAAAGAGAGAAAUCCAUCCAUGACGCUGAAUCGUUCAUGAAGUACCAAAUUGCUUUCAUAGAUGCAUUCUACGACCAGGAUUUGAACGCAUUGGAGGACGAAUAUGAGAAUGAACGCAAGCAACUACAGGAAACGCUAAUUUCUUCGAUUGAGGACAAACGAAAGCAAAUGCGAGAUGACCGCGAAGAGAAUAACGAAGAAGAAUCUUCCAGUAGCCAGACAAGAGCGAAACGCAAUCUCAGAAAGAGAAAUGCUGCUGAAUCAGCCAAUGCAAAAACAGCAGAGCCAUCAUCCAAGAGAAAAUCGGUACGACCAAGUGCACUUCCGAAUAUACAUACCAUAUCGUCAUUAGAAGAGGAGGAAUUGGAGAAUGAAUACUUGUACAUGAAGAAGUCUUUUCUCUCAUCAGCAUCUGUUCCGGCGACAGUGGUAGCAGCUACAGCAGCAACGACAACAUUAAACAAUAAUAAUAGCACAAAAUUGCUUUCCCGGUAA